UUUCUUCCGCCUUCUGGUAGGGGGAGAAAAAAAAGAUCUCUGUAUCGAUGGACAUGGAAGUAAUAUCACGAGAAGCUAUUAAACCCUCUUCUCCUACUCCUCCUCAUCUCAGAAUCUAUCCUCUUUCGUUUAUAGAUCAUGUCUUUUUCAGUCACUAUGUUCCAGUAGUUUACUUUUUCGAGCCAACCAAUACUGAAGAAAGAUCUGAUGAAGUGGUCAAGAAAUCCUUAUCUCAAGUUCUUGCGUUGUACUAUCCACUUGCCGGUAGAAUCAGAGAUCGAGCUUCCAUAGAAUGCAACGACGAGGGUGCAACCUUAUUAGUCACUCAUAUCAAAUGCGAUUUAUCAGGUUUUCUUCGAAACCCAUUAAAGGAAGAACAUCUCAAUAUGUUAUUCCCUGACGAAUUGCCUUGGAAGAAAGUGGAUCCUCGUGGCCCAUUGUUCGCUGUUCAAGUCAACCAUUUUGUCUGUAGAGGAAUGGCUAUCAGUGUGUGUGUCUCUCACAAAGUGGCCGAUGGCAAUACGAUCUUUAACUUCGUCCAAGACUGGGCCACCAUUACCAGAAAAUUUGAAUCUUCUGAUGACAAGAAAGAAGGAGAAGAAACAGUAAUCAUCCCACGAUUUGAUGUAGCGUCAAUAUUCCCACUUGGAGAUUUACCAUCUUACCCAGAGCUUGAUAUUCCUAAAGACAAUAUUAUAUGCAAAAGAUUCAUACUUGAUGCCUCAUUGAUUCAAUCCCCCAAGGCCAUGAUAUCUCAGAAAGUAAAAAAUCCCACACGCGUGCAAGUUGCGAGUGCUCUUCUUUACAAAUCCGCAGUUUCAGCUUUAAGUUCAUCUUUCAAAUCACCGAUCAACCAACCCACAAGGCUUUGCUCAUGGGCAAAUCUUCGGACAAGAAUGUCUCCUCCAGUAUAUGAGAAGACCAUAGGAAACCUGAUUUAGUAUUUCUCAGUAUCCGUUACGAAGGAAGAAGAAUUGAGUGAGUUGGUCUGCAAAAUGCAGCAUUCUUUGACUGAGUUUUGUGAUACUUAUGUUGAUCGCCUUGGGAGAAAGGACAAGUCAUUCAUCUCGGAGAUUUUGCAAGAAGCAACUAGUUGGGACCCAGAUAAUAGCAAUAUGGUUAAUGUUGAGAUUACGAGUUGGUGCAGGUUUCCACUUUACGACGCAGAUUUUGGGCGGGGGAAACCGAUAUGGGUGACCACUACUUCUUACCCACAAAGGAAUAGCAUGUUUCUUACAGAUUCAAGAGAUGGUGAAGGGAUUGAAGUGCUUGUUAACAUGGAAAAAAAAUGAGAUGGCCUUGCUUGAGCGUGAUGUGCUUCAAUAUGCUUCGGUUUCUCCUGAUGGUGUAUAACUAAUUAUAUGUGUUGAAUGUUUGUUUCAUUGAAGAGGUUGCUGAGGAUUGUUGUGCGUUGUUUUGUUGUUUAAAUUUUAUUAUCAUUAUCUUGUAUUUUAAUUAACGUCCCUUCUAGGUUGAUACUCUAUGUAAAGCCCAUAAAAGCCUGGGGUUAGUGUUGGUUGUUUAUGUUUAAUAAGCAUUUGAUUUUAUUGGAUUUAUUGCUAAAAUAUUAGA